AUGUUUUGCUCUAUAUUUUCUAGGUGGUACUGGCAGAAGGAAAAGAGAGAGCCUUAUGUGAAAUUUAUGGAGGCAAAUUAUCCACCUGGGUUCAGUUAUGAAGAUUUUGGGCCAAUGUUUACAGCAGAAUUCUUUGAUCCCAACCAGUGGGCAGAUAUUCUGAAGGCUUCCGGUGCAAAAUAUGUUGUCUUAACUUCAAAACAUCAUGAAGGCUUUACUUUGUGGGGGUCCAAAUAUUCUUGGAACUGGAAUGCUGUUGAUGUGGGACCAAAACGAGAUCUUGUGGCUGAACUAGCAACGUCUGUUAGAAAUAGGACUGACUUGCAUUUUGGGUUAUAUCACUCCCUGUUUGAAUGGUUUAAUCCUCUCUUUCUUGAGGAUGCCGCCAAUGUCUUUAAGACAAGAAAGUUCCCAACCAGUAAAUCAUUACCAGAACUCUAUGAAAUUGUGACCAAGUACCAACCAGAAAUAAUUUGGUCUGAUGGGAAUGGAAAUGCACCAGAUACUUACUGGAAUAGCACUGGUUUCUUGGCUUGGCUGUAUAAUGACAGUCCAGUUCGGGACACAGUUGUGACCAAUGACCGCUGGGGAGUUGGCAGCAUCUGUACGCACGGCGGCUUCUACACUUGCAGUGACCGGUAUAACCCUGGACACCUCCUGCCUCACAAGUGGGAGAACUGUAUGACUAUUGACAAGAGGUCGUGGGGGUACAGGAGGAACGCACAGCUUGACGAUUACCUCACAAUCGAGGACUUGGUGAAGCAACUUGUAGAAACAGUGUCUUGCGGAGGAAAUCUCCUGAUGAAUAUUGGGCCCACUCACGAUGGUCGCAUCGCUGUUAUAUUUGAGGAGCGCCUGAGGCAGAUGGGUGCCUGGCUGAAAGUCAACGGAGAAGCCAUCUAUGGAACGAAACCAUGGAGAGCACAAAAUGACACGGUGACAUCAGAAGUGUGGUACACUUUCAGCCCUAAAGAAGACAAAGUCAAUGCUAUCUUCCUUAACUGGCCAGUCUCUGGGACGCUGGAACUUGGUGAGCCGCAGGCCAAGCUUGGAGAAACACAGGUGAAGCUGGUUGGCUACAAGGAAUCACUGAAAUGGGUUGCACUGGGAGAAAAGGGAAUCAUAGUAUCUCUACCUCAAUUAACUCUUCGGCAGUUGCCAUGUCAGUGGGGCUGGACUUUGCAACUGACUGACGUAAACUGAGCCAUACACCACUGG